AUGGAUUUAUCUCAAUUAAACAAUUUAAACAAUUUGGAUUCAAAUCAACGUCGUCCUUCGUUAUCCUCCUUAUCUUCUGCAUCCGGUUAUUCCUCCUCUUUUGCCAAUACCCCAAUUAUCUCAAAUGCAAAAAGCAACUUAUCUCCAACACUAAAGAACAAUAUUAUCACAAACAUUCCUGCUACUGCUACUGCUACUGCUACUGCUACUGCUACUGCUACUGCUACUGCUACUAAUAGUAAUAACAAUAACAAUAACAAUAAUAACAAUAAUAACAAUAAUAACAAUAAUAACAAUAAUAACAAUAAUAACAUAGACUUAAACUUAUCAAAUUGGACGACAAAUCAAUCUUAUCCUAAAAACAAUACACUUACAAAUAAUGACAGUAAUAACAAUAACAAAAACACUAAUCAAUCACAAAUCGACACAUCAAUCAACAUUCCUAACAAAGAUUUACUCAAAUCUCAAUCUACCACCAAUGGUGAAACAAAUAAUAAUGAAAUCAUUCUCACAGUAUCAAAAUCUCAAACUUCAACCCCAUCUAAAUCUCAUUUACAUUCCCAUUCUCUCUCUCAAUCAAGCACCUUAAACUCUUCCUCAAACAUAAUCUCGGAUAUUAAAAAUGACUUGCAAUCAACUCCAAUAAUCACAGAAACUUCAACUGACAACCAAACCAGAACAACUUUAUCUCCUGUUAUUAUCAACACAACUUCUAUAAACUCAAAUCCAAAUUUUCAUAACAACACCACUUCCACAAUCAACAACUCUAACAUAAAUCACAAUAUUUCUAUUACUUCCAAUACUUCCAAUGCCUCAAACUCUUCUAUUACUUCUAUCAAUAAUAACAUAUCCAAUUAUCAUCCAUUACCAAAUUUUAAUAACAAUUUCAACUCGAAAAAUCAUCAAGAUUCCAAAAAUAUUCAUAAUUUAAACAAUCUAAACAAUUUAAACAAUUUAAACAAUUUAAACAAUUUAAACAAUUUAAACAAUUUAAACAAUUUUAAUAAUUUAAAUAACUUGAAUAGUCUGAACAAUUUAAAUAACUUGAACAACUUGAACAGCUUGAACAACUUAAACAGCUUUAAUAGUUUAAAUAACUUAAACAAUUUGAAUAAUAUAAACGGCCUAAAUAAUCUAAAUAAUUUUAAUAACCUAACGAAUUUAAAUAACUUGAAUAAUUUCAAUAAUCUAUCUAACUUGAAUAACUUAAAUAACCAAAGCUACAACUCAAAUAAUGAAGAUGACGAAUUGAUCCCAACUGCUAUUGUUAUCAAAAAUAUUCCUUUUUCAAUAAAAAAGGAACAACUAUUGGAUGAUAUGACAAAAUUAAAUUUACCGCUACCAUAUGCCUUUAAUUACCAUUUUGAUAACGGUGUGUUUAGAGGUUUAGCCUUUGCCAAUUUCACUACAACCGAAGAAACAUCAUUAGUCGUCAAAAACUUAAACAACAGAGAAAUUGGUGGAAGAAAAUUAAGAGUCGAAUACAAAAAAAUGUUGCCUUUAGCUGAAAGAGAAAGAAUAGAAAGAGAAAAAAGGGAAAAAAGAGGCCAAUUAGAAGAACAACAUAGAUCCACUUCUACGGCUUCUUUAACCUCUCUAUUAUCUGUAUCCAGUGCCCCCCCUGCUAAAUUAAAUUCAAAUUUCUUAAAUUCUUCAAAUAAUCCAAAUAAUCUAAAUAAUCUAAAUGUCAAUUCUAUCCCGAAUAAUAACAUUAACAACAACAUUAAUAGCACUACUAAUAGCACUACUACUAAUAAUAACAAUACUAAUAAUAAUAAUACCAAUACUAAUAAUAACAAUAACAAUAACAGUAAUAAUAAUAAUAAUAACAAUAAUAAUAAUAAUAAUAAUAAUAAUAAUAAUAAUAAUAAUAACUCAAAUUUCAAUAAUAAUCGUGUGAAUAGCAUGAACAAUAUCAACUCAAAUUUAAAUCUUAAUAAAAUUAAUAAUACCAAUAGUAACAACAAAAAUUCAACCUCUAGCAACAACAACAACAACAAUAAUAAUAAUACUAUGAAUAAUUUUAAUAAUAAUUUCAACAAUAGUACUAAAACUUAUAAUAAUUCCAAUAUUAAUGACAGAUUUUUUCCCUCAAUUCCAUCACCUAAUAGUCUAUCUAUUCCACCCAAUAUAUUAGAUUUCAAUGAUCCUGAAACAUUACAAUAUUAUACUCAAUUCGUUAUAUUCAAGGAAGACAAAAGUACUUAUUAUUCCGAAUUAGCUUAUCCAACUUCAAUCUCUCAAAAUCACAGAAAAAUUAUUAAAACCUUAUGUAUUUGUUUGAAUUUAAUAGAAUCCUAUGAAAACGGCUUGAUUGUGGUAAAAAGAACAUUAAACAAUCAAUCACAUUCCAACUUGUUUGAUCAACAUACAAAUUAUAUCUCAAGAUCUCAAUCCCAUUCUGCAUUGGCUUUAAUGAAUAACAGUGCUAAUAAUAAUACUUCUAAUAACAAUAACAAUAACAAUAACAAUAUAAUCUCGAAUAUUAAUAUUAGUCCAGUUUCUAAUAACAACAAUCCAAUUAAUAAAAGUCCCAAUAUUUCAAGCAAUCUACUUGUCAACCAACAAAGAUAUAAGCAACAACAAAGCAAUAAUCAACAAUCCAGUCAAUAUGUUAACAAUAUCAUUUCACCAUUGCCUCAGUCAAGAUCCCAAAUUGGAUUUAAUAUUAUCAAUAAUAAUGCAAAUUCUAACCAAGGUAGCUCAUUCUUGUCCUCAGCCGCCCUAUCAAGAGGUACAAGAUCAUAUGCUGAUUUCCGUAAUAUACCAUCUUACCCACAACAAAAUAAUAGUCAACAACAUUUACAAAUUUCUCCAUAUCAAAACAUUUCUCAACCUCCAACUCCCGGAAUUGAAAUUAGUUCAAGGUAUAAUAGCAAUAAUGGUAAUAAUAAUAGUAAUAGUAAUAGCGGUAAUACUACUACUACUACUACUAAUAAUAAUAAUAAUAAUAAUAAUAAUACAAAUGCCAGUGCCAAUAUAAACAAUAAUAGUAAUAUUGGUGGUCUUAAUAAUCUAACUUUUAAUAAUUUAUCCGCUACUAAUUUACCAUUUGAUAUGCACCAAAAUGACAGCAGUUUGUAUAUUAAUCAAAUCACUACUAGCAACAAUAAUGUUAAUAAUAAUGGCAAUAAUAACAAUAACCUUAAUAGUAAUAUCAGUACUAUGAACAAUUUUGGUUCCACAUUAUCAUUAUCAAAUCAAAAUAUUGGGCAGCAAUCCAACCAAUUAUCGCAUCAAUCAUCAGUUGCGACUUUAAAUCAAAACAACAUUAAUUCGCUUGGAGGGAUUGGGGGAUCUACUACCAGUCUUCAACAGUUUCAAUUACAACAAAAUUUGCCCUCAAUUUCUAAUCAACAAAGAUUAAACCAAUAUUCAUCAUUUCAGCAAUCAAAUCAACCCUCAAAUAACAGUUUUCUAGAUGAAUUGAAUUUUCAAACACUUAAUAAUAACAACAGCAAUAGUAACAAUUUAGGACUUGGUAUGGGAAUGGGCCUUGGAUUAAACAAUCCCAAUAAAGCCGGUUCUACUUGUUCUACAUCACCAACAUUACAAAACUAUGCUAAUUUGAGUUUAGGUGGAGGCAAUAAUGGAGGAUUGAUGAACAGUUCAAUGAUGUCGACAGCUAGUAAUGCUGGAAGCAACAUUAAUCUUGUUGGAUUAAUGGAUUCCUUAGGGGGUUUAAGUCUAAAUUUAACUGGAGGAAGUACAAUGAGUAAUUCAAAUAGCAAUAAUAAUCUUUCUUUAAAUAAUAGUUCUAAGCGAGAUAUUUGGGGACCUACUAGGCCUGUUAACAUUUAA